UGAGAGCAGUAGUAGCCUCACGGCGGAAGUGGCAGGACGUCAGCCAGCACCUGCGUAGCCCCGAGUGACAUACAGCGCUCAUCUGAUCUCACUCACAAUGCGAGGUGUCUGUGUACUGUGUCUCACGGUUACUGCUUUAAAAUGUUUAACGUAAAGUUAUUUGUUAUAUCACAAACACUAAGAGACAAUAUUGUUCAAACGAGAAAUAUGUUAGUGUCAACAGAACAGCAUGUAGCAACACUCGAAAAUGUCUAUCGAUUUAAUUUCGAUAUAAUCUAACGAAUGUGUAGUGACGUAGAGAGUAGAUUAGACUAAUUUUUAAAUAUAUUCGUUAGUAAUAACAUAUAUUGAUUUUUACGGAGAAAAAUAUUUUUUUUUCAUUUGAAGAAAAAAAAAACAUUGCGUGUAUUUCGCUAACAUUCUGGUUAUAUGUUAAAUGUGUGGAAAGUGUUGAUUUAAAGUGAAAAGUGUUUUUGGACCGAAGUGUUGAAACAAAUAACAGAAGCAACAUACUGUAGUUGUGCUGUGUGUCUGGCGGACUUCCCGAAAAUGCUGCGGUUUCUCUUGACAGGAUAUGGCAUAUUUGGCUGACUCGGCAGCAUGGGAUUCUCACCGCUCGGGCUGUUGCUCCUGGUCGCGGCCGGCCUGGCAACCCCGCCCACUUGUCGCGUCUCCGAGUUCUUCUGUGAUACCGGUCAGUGCGUGGCGCUUGACCGCUUCUGCGACGGGGAAGAUGAUUGUGGGGACAAGUCGGACGAGCCCAGAUACUGCUCCCCCUGCAACAGAACCUACUUCGGGGACGUGGGCCGCACUUACGACCUGGAGAUUAGACGCCCCCGGGAGGAUAGACUGCCCUUCCUGUGCCACCUCAACUUCACCGCGGGGGGCAAGGAUUUGGGAGACCUGGUGCAGCUGACCUUUGACACAUUCACGGUCGGGAAGUUUGUGUCGUUUACGUCAGAGGGCUGUCCGGAUGGUCACAUGACGAUAAAGGAGUUGGACAGACCGUCCACAGGAGGGCAGUGGUGUGGCAGUGCGUGGGGCUACACAGUGUACUACAGUGAGACUACAUCACUCAACCUGACUCUACAAUUGUACCGCCUCUCGGAACAGGGCAUUGGGUACAACUUCGACUUCAAGUUAGCGUACAAGUUCCUGCGACGCAGCGAGGCGCGUCUCCGUUAUGGCAACAGUAGCGUCGCGACGUGGCGAGGUGAUCUGGUUCCUGGGUCGUACUGUGACCGAGUGCUUGAGCGCUGCGACGCCCGUCCCUGCCGAAUCCAGUCGCCCAACUACCCCGGCGUCUACCCCCGAAAUGUGACGUGUUACUACAGGAUCGAGCACCGACAGGUGCCGCGUGGCAAGCACGCCAUGUUGGCCGUCAGACAACGGAACAGCCACAAGAUCCACAUCAAGGACCAAAUCGUCAAGUACGACCGCAGCCAGAGGGUGCUGAGGGUGUGGGACCAGUGCAACGUGGUGCAGGACUACCUGACCGUGUACGACGGCAGUGCCACGACGGAUCCGGUGCUGGUGCGUCUCUGUGGAGGCGACGUCGUGCCCGACAUUGUGAGCAGUGGGCCCAACAUGCUGCUCGAGUUCCACACUUCGCCAUUCGACAAUCCCUUCCACCCUGUGCCACUCAGCUACUUGCCGGGAUUCGAACUGGAGGUGCAGGUGGUGCUAGUGGACUCCCGCUCACACAGCUUCGUGAGGGAGGGUAGUCACUGCGAAUUCCUGCUCACCAGCUUCGACUCAUCGUGGGGCGUCCUGGAGAACCCCCGACAUUCGCUCCCGCCAAACACAACUUGUCGUUACCACUUCCAGGGGCGACGCCACGAAACAGUGUGGCUGUCCUUCGUGAAGUACCAUGCGGCCAGCGCAGAUCCUGCGUCCUACGAGCUAGGAACGGAAUGCAACGCUAGGCUGAGGAUCUGGGAUGGACGUAUUGCCAGUAACACCGGCUCUCCACGUCAGCAGAUGAACGUGACGCUGCUAGGGGAGUUCUGCAAGGACGACGUCCCUCGCCUGUGUGACCACAGCCUGCUGAGCAACAGCUCCCGCUUCACGCGUCCCUGCGCCCUCGCUGAGAGCUACGUCUCCUCCGGCCCUGAACUCACCCUCGAACAGUUCCUUCGGCAGGGCAGUGCGCUGUACCCCGUGAGCUUCGUGCUCCGCUACGAGUUCGUCGACACUUCGCUUGAAGGCGCCCCUGUCAAGGACUCGGCCAAUCCGUGCGACAGAGUGUUCACCUCCUCGGCUGUCUCGCCGGCCACGGGGCGCUUCCAGUCCCCGCGGAGUGUCUUCUUCUACGGACGUGGCGGUGCCCAGAACUUGAGCUGCGUGCUACGAUUCGAGGCUGCGCAGGGCGAGCGGGUCCGACUGACUUUAACGCGGGCGCGUUUCGGGGACAGACCCUGCAUGUCGCGACUGGACGCGCGUACUCGCCGCUGGACGUGCGUCCUGACGAAAGCCAAGACGAAAUCGCCGAUGUCAUGGUUAAUGAACUCUGGGUUACCCGGCGUCUCCGAGCUCUGGGUGUCGGAGUAUCCGUGGCCGGGUGUGCAACUGCCACGUGACUGUCUGUGCUCAAAGCUGACGGAGCCGCUCGUCAUCACGACUCUGACGUCUUCCGUCGUGGAGGUAAACUUCACAGUGACGUUUAUGAACAUCACACAGGAUUUCUUUGAUUUUUACUUUGAGGGGGAGUAUCAGUUCCUCAGUGGGACUGAUGUGGAUGGUGGGGUGUGCACCACGUCAAGGGAGGAAAGGCGGUUGCGCGGUUCUAGCGGGGAAAUCGCCCUCAGGAGCCCUGUGACACGCAAGGGCAUCCUUCAGGACCCUACAGUGGUUCAGGAGCUGCGGGAGGAAGACACUGCACGUGACAAGGACACCAACAGCGUGCAGUGUGUGAAUCACCCGUGGCUGAUCGAGCCAGAAGAUUCUGUAAACAACUUUCUAUAUCUCAAGAUACGUGGGUUCGAACUCCCGUCUUCAUCAGCCAUGACGAAAAACGUUAAUGAUGCCGGUGUGUGCCCGACGCAGAACCGGAUAGUGGUGUACUCUGGUGUCGACACCCGGGACCCCAAAGUUGUAUGUCCAGCCGAGACAGUAGGAGCAGAGACCACUUCCAAGGUUCAGGUAGUGGAGGUGUUCUCGGACGGGUGGAACCGAGUAAACAAAAGCGGCGCUGGCCUGCUGCUUCUGUCCCCACACGCCAGAAGCUUUGUGGUCGAGUUCCUGGAGAGGGAACCUGGGAGCUACGCCGUCACCUGGAUGGAGGUGUCCAAACGCCCGCUGCUCACAACCUCCAGCCCCUUCGCAAUGUCCUCAUUAACCACCCCUCUAGAAUGUUUCUACAGGUGCCCGGAACUGAACGCCUGCAUCAGUGCUGCGCUCUGGUGUGACGGGUCGCGACACUGUCCCUCGGGUUUCGAUGAAGAGGAAGCGAAUUGCGCCUACCAGUUCGGCAUCCCCCUGCUCUACGUCUCCAUCGGUGCAGGAGCUCUGGCCGUCUUGGCCCUGCUGAUCGCAGUGUCUGCCUGCGUAAAGUACGGAAGACAUCGGCGAAACGAACGGAAGAAAAAGAAGAACAGCAGCAACAAUGCGAAUCACCUGCACGUGAAUCACUUGCACAACAAUGGCGACACAGUGGGGAAGCGUUACCCCUCUGCGGCUGACGACAUGUUCCUAGACGGGAAGGACUCUCUCUGUUGACAAAACGUUGUUGCUAUGGAAACGACAGUGUGACGUGUUUAUAUAGCUCCACGAACAUGUGGCAGGUGGAUCUCUUACUGCUAUGAAACCACAGCAUGCUAAUGCUCCUAAACCUGUAUUUUACUCAAGUUUCUAUGCCAUUUUGUGGCGGAUUUAAGAUUUUCACAGCGACGACUGUGACGUCAUGUAGUCUGGUAGAAGUUUAUUGCUGUUUCGGUGGAACAUUCUGCCUCCAUCUUCAGUGCCAAAGAAUAAGCCAAUCGACCAAUGACAUGUUCAUUGAGAGUGAAGACGAAGCGAUUUUCUCCGAGAUACCGGUGAAUUUAUACCAGACUACACGACGGCACACCCCAGAAGAUAGUGUAGUACAAGCGAUAGUGUUAGCUAUCCCCACGGCUCAAGCAGUUUCUGCAGAGAGCUUCUGUUUCCAUGGAAAUGCUGUCCGCCUUCAGAGGUUUGGCUGUUAUGAAUCAGGAAUACGUACUUGAAGUGUUUUUCUUCACCUUUCAAUCUUUAUUCGAAUGGAGCACAUUGCGUCAAUGCGUGUGGACGUUCUUUUGGAAUACCUGAAGGAAGAAGAACCCUUGGAAGAGCUAAGUAUAAAUGGGUGGAUGAUAUUAAAACGGAUCUUCAGUCGUGCGUGAAGGUGUGGAUUGGAUUAAUUUGACUCAUAGUAUGGCCCAGUGGCGGACUCUUGUGAACACGAUAAAAAUAACUUUGGGAGGCAUUGAAGGUGUUGAAUUUCAUAGUUGAGCAACUGUUAGCUUUUCACGGACUCAGCUUAAUGCACUUAUUUGCUUAAGAUUUAAAAUAAUUCGUGUAUAACUGAAUCACGGCGAGCAAGAUUCAUAAUAUUGUAUUUUGUGUUUUGACACCGUACAGUCUGGAAAGUGAAUCCCAAUAUUUCGGAAGAACACGCAGCCUUAGUCUUCUAUCCGGAAAGGCUGCAAUGCCGUAAACCAAAAGACGAGAAUAUGUUUCUUUUCUGGCUAUAUAAAAUAAAUAUUUUAAGACAGUAUUCCAUUGCUAUACUAACGGUCGGAUGCAAAUGGUGCGCAUGCUCACUGGUUAAUAUAGUUCGUAACAACCAAUCACCUUCAAUCCAGCUCUCAAAGUAUGGAUUUGUCUCACAAGUCGAUAUGUUGCUUAAUAACGAUGCAUGGAUUAGUAAAUUCGAUUUCUUUGUUACUGAGGGCGAAAUUUGUGUAACCCUCAACUUAUUUCUAUCCUGGAAUGGAAUGACACAUUACAGGAAAGUACUCAGAAAAUUUCGUAUGUCUAUAAACAAUAGGGAAAGACGUGUUAUCAAUUUUUACCGCCUGUCGUAUUUUUAAACAAGUGACGUAAACCGAAAAACAGAGAGAUAAAGUGAAGCUUGUUCAAUUUUAUGUAAUAUUAAUAUUCCAAUUUAAUGGAUGUCAGUAGUCUAUUGUUUUCUUUAAACAUGGCGUCAAUAACAAGUGACAGAUGUGUCUCUUUCAGUGUUACCAACCGUUCAUGAUGUAAUGAAAAUACCUCGAUAAUGAAAAAAAAAAAGACGACGCCAAGUGUGUGAUGUCAAAUGAACAAAAUGGCGAACUGUGGAAACAAAACAGUGAAGUCGGUAUUGAGUGACGUCAUACAAACAUGUCGGUCCUCUUACGCGUGGGUAAUCACUAAACAAAUAAAAAGAAUUACAGAGUCGUCAUUUCCUGUUGUACAUGAAAGAAAUUAAUGUUUUUUUUAUAGCACAGAUGAAAUAAUUCUCGUGGCGUGUGCAAUUGCCACUUACUCUUUGCAGUCUGAAACUCAUCUAAAUAGUAUUUAGAUGUUCAGUCUUGCUUCCAGGGAAACACAAAGCACCUCAUUCACAAAGAACAGUCAGUUAGUGUUGUUUACGGGAUGGAAUCGCUGUUUAUUGUGGGACUCAUGCCGAUGAAAAGAUUUAUAUGCUUAUAACAUGGCGAGGAAAGACGCCUAAACAUAUUUGUACCACGAACGAGGCCACUGUUCCGUCACUGAUUAAGUACGAUAUCCGCCACUGCAGACAGGACAAGUCCCAGCUGAAACAUAUCACUUGAAAUUCGGUUGUUACUGAGAAGUGAUGUCUUUAAUUAUCUUUCAGCAUGCAACCGGAAGUGACGCCGCUGCAAUGCGUAUUUACUUGUUUAGCAAAAUUGUUUACUCAGUGACAUGAUUUUUUUUUGAGCAGCGUGUAGUGUAAUUUUUUACACGUUUUUGAAGUGUGUAAGUGUUGUGACAGGAAGCAAUACUGUUCUUGCUCAAAACUUCCCGCUUGUUCUCAUCUCCCGUCAGUAUUUACGUGACGUAACACGACUGUGUAGAAUUUGUGUGACUUUAUACAGAGAAGAUAAAGAGGAUUGCAAUUUUUAAAACAAUUUCUGACAUUCCAAUGUAUCGAGUGUUACGAUAUUUUUAGUGGUGAGCCAUUUGAAUGCUGCUCCGAGUUUUCCUUUCGAGCGCGCACUCAAGCAGGUAGAGUCGGACACUCCUCCUGUCAACUCGGGCCCGCCCAUAACGCUCACGGCUUCUCUGUGUAGAGACCUCACUUUAUGGCGAGACAAAACAGUGGUAAGAAUCUGGGUAUGUGAAGUGACUGGAAAUGUUUGUAACCAGUCCGAGUAGGUCAUUAAUUUCACCGAAGAUCUGGAAUAAUGGUCCUUGCUUUGAAUGAAUUUUGCUAUGAGAGAAUUAUGGUAUAAAUAACAUACAUACAUAUUCACCGGAUCUUCCGUGUUUUAACUCACCUGUUCCUCAUGUUUUCCGUAGUUAAAUCAACUUAACAGGCACAAAGACAGAGCGUUGGGUGUUUUUAAGAUGUUUUAUCAAAUAACAAAUUCCUCAUUCUGAAGGACAGCGACAGUGGGGGUUUCUACUGAUAUUUGGAAUUUAUUCGUAUUUAUGGUCACUUUUUCCAGUCCAUGAUGUUUCGAAAAGUGGUUCUGUUUCCUUUUUCAGGUGAAAGCAUACAGUACUGAUUCAUUCCAGGCAAUAGUGCGCCAUGAGUAUUCCCAAGACCGGAACAUAAGGUUCUAGAAACGUAAGUGACCUGAGGGAGGUAACUUCAUAAAAUAAAUAUGCCAUGAAGCAUAGACCUAAUGGCUAGCCACGUUGUAGUAUGCUCACAGCGGUUUAGUCUUCAAACGGUUAUUAUGUUCCGCCGUAAGCAUUUUGCACAUUUCUCCUUGUUUCAGGCAAAAUAUCCAAGUAAAAUUUUUCGAGUCCUCACGCCUUUCAUUAUACAUAAUUCCUAUUAUUAUUAUUAUUAUUAUUAUUACGUGUGUGUCACUGUAGACGGGGUUUUGGAUAAUUACAUUUUGUUGACCACGUAUACACACGACUCAUAAGUACAAGCAGUCACAGCACCCACUAAUCUCCACAGCUCACAAAUCACCACAGCACCCACUAAUCUCCACAGUUCACAAAUCACCACAGCACCCACUAAUCUCCACGGUUCA